AUGAAGAGAGAUAUAACUCAGCUACUAUCACCCGAUUUGUCUCAGCUGCCUUUCAGAAAUGAUAAAAAACGUAAGGCAACGAAUCUGGAUAAAAAAGUCCAGACAGUAUUAAAUUUCCCUUCAUCUUCACCAAAUGCAUCUCAAUCUACUACAUGUGCAACAUGCGGUAUGACAUACUAUAACCACGUAUCAAAGGAUAAAGAAGUUCAUAAAAAAUACCAUUUUAAUUUUAUCAAUGGCAUUCCUUGGCCUAUAUCAUUCUGUAGCAAUGUGCUUGAGAAGUUUACUAUAUUGGAUGACUCGUCUUCUAAAGCCAAAAAUCCACCAACCUCCAAGAAACUACAGGGGACAGCCAAAGAGGCUUUGGUUAUAACUAUUGACAGAAAGUCAAGUAAACAGGUGAAGCGAGUGGAGGAAUUAUUGAAAGUGGUGAACGGUGAACUAAAUGCUGCAUCAGAUGGUAAGGCAUGGCACAAAGAUCCUGAAGGUUCAAUACAAGGAAAAGCUUUUAUUGUAGUAAUAGACGGUAGAGCUAUUGGGAUAUGUACAACAGAGCCAAUACAUGAUGUUGACCAGCAAUGUCGAUGGAUAAUUCAUAGAACUCAAACAGUGGUGCCGAACCAGGUGAACAAGCUGAUUAAAUUGGGAAUUUCACGUAUAUGGGUAGCACCUAAAUGGAGACGAUACGGGUUGGCAAGAAAGCUACUCGAUAUAGUUUUAGUUCAUUCCGUGUAUGGAAUUGUGCUUAAUAAAAAAGAAGUCGGGUUCAGCCAACCUAGCUUUAGCGGUGGAUUACUAGCCAAAAGCUUCAACGGGGUUAUACAUAAGAGCGGUGAAAUCCUAAUACCUGUAUAUUUAGAGAAAUAA